GAAAAAAAGAAGAUGGAGGUGAAAUAACAAAUAUGUAACAGUGAGGGAACAAACAGAAACAAUUUUUUUUAUUGUUUAUUACCGAUAAAUUGAAAACUUGGAGAAAUUCUCGAUUGAGUUGGUCGAUUUGCAUUUUUCGAGAAUUUGACAACCCACCUCUUUGAGUCCAUUGAUCAUGAGUCGUUGCAUAAACGUCACAGUUAUAGCCAAGAAGGUCAUUUCCUUAGUUACAUUUUAGAUACAGAAAUGUAAUCUGUCAAUUUGUUAAGCACUGGAUUGUUUAUAAAUGAGGAUUUCGGACAAAACAGUUGUUAUUCACCACAAAAAUAUUUCUCACUCGUUAAAUCACACCUCUGUCUUUCAAAAUGUCGGAAGACAUUCACGAACCAGGAGCCGCGAUUGCUCAAAUCCAAGAAAAUGCCAUAAACGAAUCAAAUCCCCCCCGAUCCGGAGAACACGUAAGUCGCAAAAGCAAUCAGCGUCGAAUCCAGGAACGCAAACAACAAAUCUAUGCCUGGCCUCAACCCAAAAAACUCAUAAAACUCGCCAACUUCAGUGCCUGUCAGGAUGAAGUUUGCAAAUGCAUCGGAUUCAAGUCCCAACAAGUCCCCAACAAUUCCCCCCAGAAAAACGUAAAUGCCGUUUUUUCUGAUCCUUGCAACACCUGCGCCCACUCUCUCGAAAAACACGUCUCCCAUUUUCAACAAGCGAGUGACGACGAAUUAAACAAAUUCCUCGCAAUGAUCAUCGACGUCGAGAACAUUUUCAAUUGCAUGAAAACCGAGAAAGACCCGGACACUCAAAAAGUGUAUUGCUACCUCUGCAAAGUUCUUCGCAAAGCGAUGAUUUUCAAAACGAAUCCGACCAUCGAGGGCCAGUUGGGUCAACCGCCUUUCGAGGGAACAAACAUGGAACAGGGCGUUAUGAAUUUCGUUCUCUACAAAUUCAAUCAUCUGCUGCCGCAGGAAUUCCAGAUGAUGCACAACUCGGCCAAAAUAUUCCUCAAUUGUCUAAACCACUGGAAUUUCGAGACACCAAGUUCUAUGCAAAAUACCAUUUCCCCCAAUGAUGCGACAGUUUACAAAAUUAAUUACAUGCGUUGGCUGGUUUUCUGCCAAGUGCCUGCAUUUUGCGAUUCUCUUGCUCGUCACGACACGACCCGAAUUUUCGGCCGGACCCUGCUUCGCCUCGUGAUGAUUCCAGUCUGCAAACAGCUGAUGGAGAAGUGCCACAGCGAGAGGAACAAAAUGUCCGAGGAGAAACGGAUUCUCGUUUUCACUCACUUUCCGCGAUUUCUCUCAAUGCUGGGGGAAGAACUCCACUCUCGAAAUUCGCCGAUCUGGAAUUCGGAUUUCAAUUCGGCCGUGUCUGAAUAUCUUCAGGGUGUAGAUGAAGAUCGGACACAGAGCGAGCUUGAAACCAUGACUUCCACGGAGGAAUAUUCUAGUUUGAAGAGACCUCUGGAUCAAAGAGACGACGUGGAAUUGGAAGCGAAGAAGCAGAGGAUUGAUGAAGCUGUUCGAGAUGUUCCUAGUUACAGAAUCGCAGAGAUUAUUGCGAGGAUCGAUAAUCCGAAGUACAUGGUUGGACCGGAUCCUGAGUUUCUAACAAAUCUUCCUAGAGACGAGACACCGAAGAUGGAAGAGAGCAGAAACAUGAUCAAGUUCCACUUGAUAGGGAAUAGUUUGACACAGCCGGUAUCGAAACAGACGAUGCUCUGGCUGAUCGGGCUGCACAACGUCUUUUGCCAGCAGCUUCCUAAGAUGCCCAAAGAGUAUAUUUCGCAGUUUGUCUUUGAUCCGAAGCACAAGACACUCGCUCUCAUCAAGAGUGGAAGGCCGAUCGGGGGAAUUUGUUUCCGGAUGUUCCCCUCGCAGGGAUUCACGGAGAUUGUUUUCUGCGCGGUGACGAGUCAGGAACAGGUGAAGGGAUAUGGAACGCAUCUGAUGAAUAUGCUCAAGGACUUUCACAUCAGGAAGAAUAUUCUGCACUUUUUGACCUUCGCUGAUAAGUUUGCAAUUGGGUACUUUAAGAAACAGGGAUUCAGCAAGAAUAUUAAAGUCUCGAAGACGUUUUAUCAGGGGUUUAUUAAAGAUUAUGAUGAUGCGACUUUGAUGCAUUGCGAACUGAAUCCGAAGAUUGUUUAUACUGAAUUUUCGUCGGUGAUUAAGAUUCAGAAGGAAGUUUUAAAGAAGCUGAUUGAGCAGAGACAUCAGGAGGUUCAGAAAAUUCAUCCUGGAUUGACUUGCUUCAAGGAGGGAGUUCGAGGAAUUCCGAUUGAGGCGAUACCAGGAAUUUUCGAGACUGGCUGGAAGGGUUACAACCAGACGAGGACAAGAGGCCUUUCGAAAAUAAUUCCAGGAGAAGAGCCCGUCGAGGCUUGUUUGGACGUAAAAAAUUCUUUGCACAACGGACUAAAAGAAGUUCUCAAUAGUGUCAAAAAACAAAGUAAUGCCUGGCCAUUUUUGAAACCAGUAGAUAAAAACGAAGUUCCAGAUUAUUACGAUCACGUUAAAUAUCCAAUGGAUCUAAAAACUAUGACUGAUCGGCUGAAAAGCGGCUAUUAUGUUAGUCGCAGACUUUUCAUUGCAGAUAUGACAAGAAUCUUCACGAAUUGUAGAUUUUACAAUGACAAAGGGACUGAAUAUUUUAGGUGUGCAAAUCUUCUGGAAAAAUACUUUCAGACGAAGAUGAAGGAGAUUGGAUUUUGGCAUAAGUAGUACAAUAUUGUGUCAAAGAUUUGAAAAAAAAUUAGUUUAUUUUAAAAAAUCUGCACAAUUUUUUAAAGUAUUUUUUGUGUGUGUUGUUUUAAGCGUCUUAAAAGAACAAGGCAAAAAUUUUGUGAAUUUUGGUUUUAGAUUGGUGUUCGAAUAAUAUUUCUAAUAUUAUCUGAUCAAUUUCUGUGUAAUUGCACAAGAUUUUUUUAUUGCGCUCUAUAAUCUUGUAUGUUUAUUUUAAAAAUAUAUCGGUAAGAAUUUCUAAUUUAUAUUUUAGGCCACUUAAUACUUAUACGAGUUCGGCCUUAUCGGUAUUUUUUUGCAACAACUCACACUCACAAAAAUUGGGAUAUGAAGUGAGAAAAUGAUUAAAAAGGCACUGAGGAAUGUUUUUAUUCUCCUAAAAUUCUGGAAAUACAAAAAAAUUAAACAUGAAUUUUUUUGUAUUUUCAGAAAUUAAGGACCAUAUAAACGUUCCUUGGUGCCUUUUAAUUAAUUUCUCAACUUUUUAACACAAUAUCUCAAUUAGUGUGGGUGUGAGCUGUUGUGGAAAAAUUUCCGUAAAGUAAAUUUAUGUUUUUUAGCAUACCAAUAAAUUUUCCAAAGGAAUGAUAUCUCUCUCUCAAAGUUUAGAAUAUAGGAAAUAAGACUAUAAAUUGCGCUUGUAUAUUUAGUUUAAGUCAGAAUUUUGAAAAAAAAUUUCGAGUAAAGAAUAAAUGUGUAAAAGUUUCUUAAUUUUUUUUUUGUGUUUACACGGGUGAGAUAUCGGGUUUAGAA